UAAUAGUACGUACAUGGCGAGUAGUAAAACAAUGGCAGCUGGCCAAAGUAGAAGAAUGGUUGGGGUACGACGUUGCAUGAUGAUGAUUAGCUUGGUUUUGUUGGUUGCUGCUCUAUUUUCUUCCAAGACGUGCAUGGCUGUACGUGGGGUUCCAUCAUAUCAUCAACAUCUCGCCACACCGGCUGGCAGUACUAAUGGGAAGGCUACUGAACAAGAGACUGCAGAGAAGAAGAGGAAGGCGGUGCGUCAUGAUAAAGACGACGAUGACGAUGACGAUGAUCUCAAAGGAUCCAAAUUUUGUGCACAUGGAAGUCUUUCUCCCCCAAGCGGCCAUGGCUGUGGUCGCUAGCUAAGUACGUCGUCGUCGUCGUCGUGUAUGUAUGGUUCACAUUCAAACAGCAUUGAACCAGCAUGGCUCACGAUCGAUUUGCUGCUAGCGAU